GAGUAGUGGAUCCCUCCGCUGGGCCAUUUGAUGCCUUCUCGCCGCUCUCAGGCUCCGCGCCGCUGCCUCUCCUUCCCCAGGACACCCGCUCCGGUGUGGCGGCAUCGCGUUCGGUGUUGCGGUACAGCUGCCGCGCCAGCUCGGUCGUGCCUCGGGUGAGGCGUGGGGAGCGCCGACUGCGUGGGGAGCGCCGGCUCCGUGGGUCCUUCCGCGCGCGGUGAGGCGGUGCGGCGGGCGCCAUUUUGGGUGCUGGAAUCUGUGCGGAGGGCGGCCGAAAGCAUUUAUCAUGUUGGGCUCUGGGUUCAAGGCUGAGCGCUUGCGAGUCAACCUGCGCCUUGUCAUCAAUCGCCUCAAACUGCUGGAGAAGAAGAAGACUGAGCUGGCCCAGAAGGCAAGGAAGGAGAUUGCAGAUUAUCUGGCAGCCGGAAAAGAUGAGCGUGCCAGGAUUCGUGUGGAGCACAUCAUCCGCGAAGAUUACCUUGUGGAGGCCAUGGAGAUCCUGGAGCUGUACUGCGACCUGCUGCUAGCCCGCUUCGGCUUGAUUCAGUCCAUGAAGGAGCUGGACUCUGGCCUGGCAGAAGCAGUAUCUACACUGAUUUGGGCUGCACCACGACUCCAGUCAGAAGUGGCUGAGUUGAAGAUUGUUGCUGACCAGCUCUGUGCCAAGUACAGCAAGGAGUAUGGGAAGCUGUGCCGGACAAACCAGAUUGGGACAGUCAAUGACAGGCUGAUGCACAAGCUGAGCGUGGAGGCACCACCCAAGAUUCUGGUGGAGAGAUACCUCAUUGAGAUUGCUAAGAACUACAAUGUGCCCUAUGAACCUGACUCCGUGGUGAUGGCUGAAGCCCCUGCAGGCGGAGAGGCAGAUCUGAUUGAUGUGGGAUUUACAGACGAUGUGAAGAAGGGCGGCCAAGGAGGGGGAGGAGGUGGUGGAUUUACAGCCCCAAUGGUUAGUCAUGAUGGAUUAGUACCCAUGCCAGUGAUGAUGCCUAUGCCCAUGCCAACACCAACUCCGCCCUUCUCCUAUCCACCUCCAAAGGGACCGGAGAACUUCGGUGGCGUACCAGUGGGGACCUACCAGCCUUUUACCAACAUCCAUCCACCACCAAUUCCGGCAGCCCCACCGACAUACGAGUCUAUCGACGACUCUAAUGCUGACAAGGACACUCCUGCGCCGGUGCCUGGACCCGGGCCCAAGUCGGAGGCUUCUCCUAAACCAAAGGCUGGAGCUCCUAAUACCAUUGAUAACUUUGUGCUGCCUGAACUACCAUCUGUGCCAGACACGCUGCCAACAGCGUCUGCCGGCCCCAACUCUUCUGCCUCUGAAGACAUUGACUUUGAUGAUCUCUCUAGGAGAUUUGAGGAGCUGAAGAAGAAAACAUAAAACUGACUGGGCUGUAACCCCAAGGUGAGGGGCAGGAGCUGUGAUGGCUGUUCUCUCUGAAACUGACUCCCCUUGAAAUUGGUUUCCUCUAUUAACCUCAAAUGAAUGCGCUCUUCUUUUUGAGCUCUUUUCUCACUGUACUUAAACCAAACGCUGCCGCUGUCCUGACCUUUGUUGCUCCAGGAGCUGAGCUGUGGGAAAUUGCGUGAGACUGGAGCAGGGAACAGCUCCUGCCUGUCUGGGCAGCUGUACAGGAAAGCUGUGCUUCGCCUUCAGUCUCGAGGGCAGCAUUGCCCACAGGCUGCCCCUCUCUGCUCGGUGGCCUCUGGUCAGGGUGAUUAAGUCUCUUUGUUAAGACUUCCAGCUAACUGGGGCUGAGGUGGGGAAUAUGGUUGUGUGUGAGGAGAUGUGAUGUUGCCCUUCAGGCUGUGCCCAUAUGCCACCUUCCUGGCUCCACCUGUACCUGGUCACGGUUUGCCUCAUGUCCUCUUUCACUCCCACUGGAUGCCUGAGCCCUCUCCAUGGCCUUGGCCAUGUCCUCAGCUGUGUUCCCUGUCCUGACCGUGCUGGGGCUGCAAGCGGGCUGGGCAGAGGAACUCGCGGGUGCCGGCUGGGCACUGAACGCGCAGGUUGAUCGAGAGCGAGGAGCCCUGACGGGACGCGUGGCAGCGGCUCUGCUCACAGGGAGCACGGGGGCGGGGUGCCGGAUAUACCCGUGCCCCUUGUGGCACACUCUGGUGUCUGUACAUAGCUCUUCGCGGGGCCUUUCUUUGGCGCUCGGGUGAUUUAUACGUGGCGGGUUGGUUCCUAAUAAAGUCGGGGCUGGA